CCCGCGCGGGACCCUGUUUCCUGCCUUGGGCCUCUCCUACUCCGCCACCGAGCCGCGGCGAGCAGUCGGUGGGCAGAAAAGAAUAAAGAAGUGCGCCUGCUCCUUGCGCCCGAGGAACUGCCGCGGCGGUCGGCAGGGCAGCAACGAAGGCCGCGAGCAUCCUCUGGGCCCAGCUCCAGCCGGGCGCAGGCGCGAGCGCGGCUUCAGCACCACGGACAGCGCUUCGCCCGCGGCCCUCCCGCCGGCGGCCUGCUGGAGCCGGGGUAGGCGAGGUAGCAAGCUAUGCCCGCGGCAUGGCCCGACGCUCCGGCCCUAUGGCGCUGCUCCUCAGCUUCGGCUUCCUUGGGCUGUGCUCAGGUGUGUGGGGUACAGACACGGAGGAGCGGCUGGUGGAGCAUCUCCUGGAUCCUUCUCGCUACAACAAGCUUAUCCGCCCAGCCACCAAUGGCUCUGAGCUGGUGACGGUACAGCUCAUGGUAUCAUUGGCCCAGCUCAUCAGUGUGCAUGAACGGGAGCAGAUCAUGACCACCAAUGUCUGGUUGACCCAGGAGUGGGAAGACUAUCGCCUCACCUGGAAGCCUGAGGAGUUUGACAAUAUGAAGAAAGUUCGGCUCCCUUCCAAACAUAUCUGGCUGCCAGAUGUGGUCCUGUACAACAAUGCGGAUGGAAUGUAUGAGGUGUCCUUCUAUUCCAACGCCGUGGUCUCCUAUGACGGCAGCAUCUUCUGGCUGCCGCCUGCCAUCUACAAGAGUGCAUGCAAGAUUGAAGUAAAGCACUUCCCAUUUGACCAGCAAAACUGCACCAUGAAGUUCCGCUCGUGGACCUACGACCGCACCGAGAUCGACUUGGUGCUCAAGAGUGACGUGGCCAGCCUGGACGACUUCACACCCAGUGGUGAGUGGGACAUCGUGGCGCUGCCUGGCCGGCGCAAUGAAAACCCGGACGACUCCACUUACGUGGACAUCACGUACGACUUCAUCAUUCGCCGCAAGCCGCUCUUCUACACCAUCAACCUCAUCAUCCCCUGCGUGCUCAUCACCUCACUGGCCAUCCUCGUCUUCUACCUGCCGUCGGACUGUGGCGAGAAGAUGACGUUGUGCAUCUCCGUGCUGCUGGCGCUCACAGUCUUCCUGCUGCUCAUCUCCAAGAUCGUGCCUCCCACCUCCCUCGACGUACCGCUCGUCGGCAAGUACCUCAUGUUCACCAUGGUGCUUGUCACCUUCUCCAUCGUCACGAGCGUGUGCGUGCUCAACGUGCACCACCGCUCGCCCACCACGCACACCAUGGCGCCCUGGGUCAAGGUCGUCUUCCUGGAGAGGCUGCCGGCGCUGCUCUUCAUGCAGCAGCCGCGCCACCACUGCGCCCGCCAGCGCCUGCGCCUGCGGCGCCGCCAGCAAGAGCGCGAGCGCUCUGGCGCCCUCUUCUUCCGCGAAGUGCGCGGGGCCGACUCCUGCACGUGCUUCGUCAACCGCGCGUCGGUCCAGGGCUUGGCCGGCGGGGCCUUCGGGGCUGAGCCCGCGCCAGUGGCCGGCCCGGGGCGCGCUGGGGGGCCGUGUGGCUGCGGCCUCCGGGAGGCAGUGGAGGGCGUGCGCUUCAUUGCGGACCAUAUGCGGAGCGAGGACGACGACCAGAGUGUGAGUGAGGACUGGAAGUACGUCGCCAUGGUGAUCGACCGCCUGUUCCUCUGGAUCUUUGUUUUUGUCUGUGUCUUUGGCACCAUUGGCAUGUUCCUGCAGCCUCUUUUCCAGAACUACACCAGCACCACCUUCCUCCACCCGGACCACUCAGCUCCCAGCUCCAAGUGAGACCUUCUGCAUCUCCACGCUCUUUCACCCCUUUGCCCUCUGUUGUACAGUAGUGUUGGGUGGAGGAUGGAUGAGUGAGCGACCUGGAAGAGGGACGCUGCCCCCACAGACCCAUCCUUCAAUUUAUCUGGAGCCCCUCCUCCCCCAUACUUCCAUCCACACACAGCCAGCUCUAACCUGGAGGCUGGGCCAGCUUCAUCAUGUUUGGGCUACUCCCUUUCUUAUGUUGUACCAGCCCAGGCAAUAGUGUUGAUAGUGAAGGAUGAAGGCUGAGAAAUGGAGGAAAGAGAUGUCAGAGCCUUCCACCCUGAAGAAAGAGUGUUGGGGAAGAGGACAGAAUCAUCCACUGCCUCCGUGUCAUGGGAGGAGGGGCGGGGAGACAGGAGCUCAGACUCUGCUGGGCUGGCCUGAUACAAUGGUAGCUCAGAAGGGAGGAGCAAGAGGAAAGAGAGAGGAACAGGAGAGAGGAGCAAGAGGGUAUGCCUGACAUAUGCCCUUGCUUGAAUGGACAGCAGCUGGGCUGGGUGGGCCUAGCAGUGGUCAGUGGCUUCCACCCAGAGGCCUUAGCCUGGCCCUAUGGUCACAGACUCCUGGGGCAGGUUUCCAGCUCAAUCCCAUAGCUCCUUGCUUCUAAGGGAUUCAGAGCCCAGCACCAGGUCCCCUUGUGCCCAGUGAAGAUUUCUCUGUACCCUCUAGACUUCCCUCUCCUUCCUUUCUCCCUUGGGCUCAGGGUGUGGUGGGCAAAGCUGGCUAUUAGGGGAGCCUCUGAGUUCUGAAUCUUUGGGUGACCUGCUGGGAGUCUGAUGUCCAAAUACUAAAACUGUGUGAGAAGUGCAAGUUCACAGGCUUUUGGAGCUGGAAGGACAUUUUACAGUCAUGGAUUCCAACGUGAGCCAUGUUCCAGAUGAAGAAAGAGCCUAGAAGGUGAGACACACCCUGGUGGCUCUCUGACCUUUCCUCCCCACCCUGAGAGCCAUCUGUCGGUGCCCUGUUUUUUUCCCAAUUGAACCGACUGAUUGCUUGAAGGAAGUAAACUAAGGAUGUUGGCUUUAAGCAGACUCAGGCUUUUGCCUGCAGCAGAGCUGUGCUGGACAGAAGACCAGCAAGCAGGGGGCAAAUGGCUGGAACUCUGUCAUGUCCACACUGCUGCUCCUGUCCUUCUAUUCAUUAUUCCAUCCUUCCAGCUCUUGCUCCUCCUCCGCCCUCUCCCAACCAAAGCUGAGCAGGUUUGAAGAAGAACUUCAGAAGGACAGGUCUGCUGCUGCCAGUGACUCCCCUGAAAGCAUAGCUUCAGCUUCCGUUCUGUGCAUCCCUGGAGGCUGUUCCUGAUGCUGCUCCCAGGGGCUGGCUGGAGGCCACCUGGCCUGUUAGCCCAGGAAGCAGACCUCUUUGGGGAUCUCCCACUCCUGCUCCCACUCCUACCAUGUGACUGGCUCUUAUUUGUGGUCCCAGCCUGGUCUCAGUGCCAGGCCAACAGAUGGCAGGUCACAGAAGGGUCAGUCUGCCAAGUGCACUCGAGGGACCUGGUGCUCUGUUCUGUUCUGUGGAGCACAGCUGGGACUUCUGCUUCUCCAGGCUUAGUGGAGGUGGGAGGUGGUGCUGGUGGAUGGGUGGGAGGAGACACAACACAGGCAAAGAACACUGGACAGGGAUCCCAGAGUCUGGGUUCUAGUCCCAGCUCUGCUACUUGCUCACUCUGAAGAUAUCUCCAGCAAGUCCCUUGCCUUGCUAGGCCUCAGCUUCCUUGUGUGUAAAAUGGGGACAGUAAUGCUCUCUUCAUGGGGUAGCUGGGAGGAUGAAGUGAUGCUGUGGAAAAGCCUAGUGCUGUACCUGACACAGAGUAGAUGCUUCAUGAAUGUGAAGUCUGAGAGGCAGCCAGAGCCAGUGGGAGUGGGGUCAACUGUCAUGCCAGCCCCGCUCCAAGGCCUAGCCUUACCCUAUCUUUUCCAUGAGCAAACCAAGUCUCCCCCAAAAGGGCCUGGAUCUGGGGGAGCUGGGAACCGGGGCAUGCAGAUAGAAGGAAUGUUACAGGGUAUACUCAAGUUAGUCUAAUGGGUGGGGGGCUUCUCUCAGGCGCAUCCUCAGCGAAGUUUCAUCCAUUCCUGGGCUAAGCCCUUUCCCUAGCCCUGCCUCGCUUCUGGGUCAGCUCCUCUUGACACAGGUGUGUGCUCAGAGACCCCAGGCUCAUCUGGUUCUGCACUAGCUAUGAAAGAACAUCAUGGGGACACUAAGCCAGCAGCUGCAUGAGCUGUGCCUCAGCGCAUUUCCCCACCUGUCAGAUGGGUUCACAGACAUCGCUUCUUGGUGGUGGAAGUGUCUGCACCAUGGAGACUCCCUUCUAGAACAGAAAAUUGGGAGUUGCUUGUAUUAUGCCUGGACACACCUCAAACUCAUAUCCCUAGGAAAAGCAUCUUGGAACCCAAAACAGCAUCAGGAAAGGAACCCUUCCUCUGAAGGGUAGGAUGCCAGCUUGAGGCCCCUUCCUCCUCAAGCUGGCACCCUACCCUUCAGAGGAGAGGUUCAUAGCCUGGGCUAUGGGGAGGUCCCUCAGCUGCUGCUGUGGCUGUAUUUGCUUUUAAUAUUUCCCACAGUGGCUGUUGUCCAAGUACAUCACCAAAGGGCGCUAGAGGGGAUGUUAGAGAGCAGCUUGUCCAGCUCCUCUCAAUGAGGCACUUACCUCUGAACUUGGUGUUCCGCAUCUGUAAAACGAGGAUGACAGAGCUGGCCGAGUGCUGCAGCAAGGAGGAAAGGGGUCAGUGUACAUGAGAGUUAACUGUGUAGUGCCAUUCCCUUCAUCUCUGGGUUCAGCCCUCUGGGGACUACCACACUAGGGAGGAGGGAAGGGCAGAGGUGAAGGAAGUAUUACUACGUGCCAGUACAGAGUUUGAACCCUCAAGGGCACUGGAAAAUUUUGGGAACCACAGUCUCUUCCACUCUUGGGUCCUAUGUCCUCUUCCCUUGGUGAUGUCAGGGAAGCCCCUUGCCUCCUUUCCAUGGUGGGGCUGUCUCUGUAGAGAAUUGGGUGCCCAGCUUGGUGCUGGCCAAGGACUGGAGGUGGCUCUGGAUCUGAAGAGGGAGGUAGAGAAACUGGAUGGAAAACCGGAGCAAGGUGGGUUUGGGAUGAGGCAGUGAGAAAAGGAGUUGGGAUUAUCUCCCUCAGAGAUGGCAAGGCCACAGGUGAUCUGAUGACCAUUUUUGUGUGGAAAGAAAGCACACAUGGGCCCUCUGCUUUUGAUGGUUGGCACUGCAGUGGGAGGAAGGCAGCUUCCUGGCAAUGAGGUAUGUAAUAUGGAACAGCUGGUACCAAGUUAUUGAAAAUUUGAAAGCAAACAAAACAUAGGCAGCUCCCCAGAUGGUGUGUUCUGCCGAGGAAGGCUAUCUGUGGAGGAAGGACAAGACUGUUUCCCCCUAAGGAAAUAGGGAACAGUCUUUGGGCGCUUUGGUCCUUGUUUGCAUCCCCUCCAAAUCCCAGUAUCAGCUAUUAUUUACUAACGGUUUGCUCUGUGCCAGUUCCUUUGGAUGCACCGUCUUUAUUCCUCACAACAAUCAUGCAGGGAAGGGGCUCCCAUUUUACAGAAGAGAAAUGAGGCUCAGAGAGAACAAGGGACAGCGGGUGAGUAGUGCUGGGCCUGAAACCCAAGACUGCCUUAAAGUCCAUGCUCUUGCUGUGGGCUUUGCAACAGGGGGAAGAGCUCUAUGGGAAGGGAGUAAGAGCUCUUUAGGGCCCUCUCUGAAUCACUCCCCAAGCCAGAGUGGACUCAGUUCCGGUUGUCACCUCUGCUUCAGGGCAGAGUUGGGCUGGGGCCAUAGCAUCCCUCACAGCCUAACCAGUGCUGGCCAGCCUCCCACUCCCUGACUGACCAGAAAGAGAGCAAGCAGCCACCUCUUAAUAUUCACCCCAACAGGUCCAAGAGGUCAGUGUGCUGGUCACAUGGUUCCUAAAGGACAGUAGGUCUAGGAACCGUUAGGCCACCUCAUUCAUCCAUCCUUGGUGUCCCCACCUCCCCCACACUGCCUUGGCCCCCCUUGUCUGCACUCCUGGAAUAGUUGCACUGGUCUAGCCCAUCCCAGGCCAGACUCAUUAGGAACUCAAGAUUCUCGUAAAGAAAGUAGUUUCUAAAGGUGUCUUGUCACUCUGUUGUAUUUGUGGGGUGGGGGAGAGCCCUCACAGCACAGGGUUGGCAAAUACAGGAAAAAGGGAGAAAGCUGGAGAAAGUGGAUUCAUGAGAGGUUAAAGACAUUACAAGAUUCCAAAGAAAAGGUGAGUGGUUAACAGUCUGCUGUUGAAUGACUGAUUUGUAGCCUUACAAAUCUACUCAUCAGAUGGAAAAGAAAUGGCCAAAUGGCUGGGCCUGGAGCAGACAGAGCCCAGAAAUGGCUCCUAGGGAGGACCCUUUGUAAAGGACUGGGCAGAGGCAAGGACCAGUCUUCUGGAGGCUGGGAUGGUGGGGCUUCCUUCAUGGCCCCUGUGCUCUGAGUCAAGGCUGCAAUCUGCAUGGAGGCCAGACUGUUUCCAGAACAGGGCCCAAAUCCUGGGAACAGUAUUAAAUUAUGGGACCCCAGAUAAAAUGCAAGGUGCACAGCAAGUGAAAUGAUGAGCUAAAGAAAAUCCCUUCUGUGCUCUCACAGGGCAGCCCUGCUUCCCAGCCCAUUUAGAGGUGGGUGGUGGGACAGUCUUGUUCACCCUGCAGAUGACAUAUCCAGGCACUUGCCUUAGACUUCAAGGAAACUAUCCACGUUCUAAAAAGCCUGGGCACUACAUUUCCCUCUAGGUGGGACCAGGAGCUGCCUGAGGACAGGACAGAGGCACUCGAGGUUCCUGAUAGACCAGUGGCAGAUGAAGACAUUAUCCUUCACUGUCUUUAAAUUAAAAACUAUUCAGCUCACUUAGCACUUUAUUUCAGCAGACUGUGAAUAACACCAUGCAGAGUCCUGGUCCUUAUGUAAUAUGCCCCAAAACAUGCCACUGGCCCUCCUGGCCUCAGCUCUUCCAUCUGUAUAAUGUAUGAGGAACGUGGUUUCACUGACAGCCUUGCUGUUGGUUACUGUAAGUCCUCUGGUAUAAUAUCAUUUUUAAAAGGCCAAGGAUGAGUUUUCUAAAAAUUCUGGAAUAAGUUACAAUGUGGCAAGAGGUGCAAUCUUUGAAAUUCAAGAUGGAGAGACAUUUUGGGUGCUAUAUAUAUGUGAAGUUAAAAGCAAAUGGUCUUUCUCCUAAGACUGUAGCCAAGCCUGUCCUGGUCCCAGCUGCAACUUUACUCCAAAUAUGCAC